AAGGUAAUAUUGUGAAACAGAGGAGAUUUAUUUUAGUUACAUUUGAUUACGAUUUUAUUUUUGUAACAUUUGGCACUGAGUUGGUUCAUUUGCAGUUUACUGUGGUCACUGAUUUAAGAAGGGAGGAGAAAUGGCAGAAAGUGCAGUCAACAUAGUCAUAGAGAAAUUGGUCCUGUUGUUAGUCCAAGAAGCGAGAUUGCUAAAGGGUAUCCAUGAAAAAGUUUCAGGCAUCAAAUGUGAACUGGAGAUGAUUCAGUCUUUCCUAAAGGAUGCGGAUGUAAAAGCUGAGAAGGAAGACAUGAGCAAUGUUGUGAAAAUAUGGGUGAAACAGGUAAGGGAAGAAGCUUAUCACAUAGAAGAUGUCAUUGAUGAAUACAUACUUCAUUUUGUUAAUCAACCUUACAGGCAAACGCGAUACUUUUACUUCCUCCAAAAGGUUUUUCAAUUUACCGUAAAUUUGACAGCAAGACAUGUGAUAGCUUCUAAGAUACAAGAUAUCACUAAAAAUCUUAAGGAAAGGAGAGAGAUGGCUAUAAGCUAUCGCUUCAACACUAUAGAGCAAGGAGGACCAAGCAAUGACGCUAGAAGUGUUACAUGGCAUGACCCUCGAGUGGCAUCCCUUUUCAUCGAGGAAGCUGAGGUUGUGGGUAUUGAGUCUCACAGAGACAAACUGAUAAGCUAUCUAGUAGAAGCACAAUCUAAUCGCAUUGUAAUUUCAACAGUUGGCAUUGGUGGGGUUGGCAAAACUACUCUUGUCAAAAAAGUGUAUGAAAAUGAGGUGGUGGUAGCACACUUUGAUUGUCGUGCUUGGAUCACAGUUUCUCAAUCAUACCAGUCAGAGGAGCUGUUAAGGAACAUGAUAAAGCAGUUUUACAAGUCAAGGAAGGAGCUUGUUCCUGUGGAAAUAGACACAAUGAAGGAGACACCGCUGAUGGAGCAAUUGAGGCUAUGUUUACAUGAGCAUAGGUAUCUAGUAGUUUUUGAUGAUAUAUGGGAAAAACAGUUUUGGGAUUUCAUAGAACUUGCUCUACCUAAUAAUGAAAAAGGCAGUAGAAUAUUAAUCACAUCUCGAAAUGAGGAUGUUGCUCCCUCCAAUUAUUUGUACAGAUUACCAAUUCUACCUUUAGAAAAAGCUUGGGAGCUCUUUUGCAAGAAGGUGUUUCGAAAUGAAGGGGGAAAUUGUCCUCCUGAGUUAGUUGAGUUGUCACAUGCCAUUGUUGAGAGAUGUGAAGGAUUGCCACUAGCAAUUGUUGCUAUAAGCAGUCUUUUAUCAACCAAAGACAAGGUUUUCUAUGAGUUUCACAAAUUGCAUGAAAGUCUUAGUUCAGAGCUGAAAAGUAAUCCUGAUUUAAAAAAUUUCACCAAAAUUUUAUCCCUCAGUUAUCAUGAUCUAUCUUACAAUCUCAAAGUUUGUUUCUUAUAUUUUGGCAUUUUUCCAGAGGAUUACUACAUCAAUUGUGCAAGGCUAAUUUGACUUUGGAUUGCUGAAU